AUGUCGGCAGUGCUACGCCCAGUCAAGGCGACUCUCAACCGCAUCCAUGGAGCAUUCAGUCUCGAGUUGCAGAAUGAAGGCAGCGUUGCCCGUGAUCACCUUGCCUCCGAAAGGACCUUCCUAGCAUGGCUUCGCACCAGUCUCAGCCUGGUCAGCAUCGGCAUCGCGGUGACACAGCUAUUCCAGCUUCCGUCGCUUGUCGGCACACCAGACCGCAGGAACCCGGGUGCAAACUACCUCGACUUUCAACAAGAUCCUGUGCUAGAUUGGUCUCAAGAUGCAUCCCACAUCCUUCUCUCAGAGCGGUUAGCAAGCAUCGCCAAGCUUGGCAAGCCAUUAGGCGGCUCGUUCAUCUUGCUCGGAGUGAUUGCGCUCUUGCUCGGAUGCUAUCGCUACUUUGCUGUACAGGCAACACUAGUCCGCGGCAAGUUUAUACCCUCUAGAAUCGGAAUCUCGACGAUCGCUUUCCUGACCGGUGCACUCGUAGUAGCGGCGACUGCCGUCAUUUUGGCCGACCGCCACACAUACUGA